AAAAAGAUUAUUGCACUAAUUAUGUCUUAUCUUUAUUAUUAAACGCAAUUUGGAUAUUUUUGGUCGAAUUAAAAAUCUUGAUUUAGUUGAGUAUGUAAUACUGUGGUAAAUACCUAUGUGAAAACGCAUUAAACCUAAUACAGUGAUGAUGUUUUUGCUGGAAUUUUGUGAAAAAUGGACAUAAAAAUGACCGUAAGAUACAACUAUUAUUGACGUAAAAAUUAUUUGUUCGACUACUCCAUGGCCAAAGACCCAUAAAACAAUAAAAUCCAAUAUUUGCUGAUUUGAUUAUGUUUGCCAAGUCUGGGUAAAGAUUCCUUUGAAAAAUAUGUUGACUGACAAAACCGAAGCUGAUGAUGUGCCUAUAAUCAUGGUUGAAGGCCCUUCAAAGGAGAAUCUGCAAAAUAUCCCCUUUGCCGAUGAUGAAGGGGCUUCAAAAAAUGAAGAUGUUGAAGCUCAAAAUCCAGCCAGAAGGAGUAUGGGUAGAAAGAAUAGCAUUUCAUUACCGAAUUUGGACGAUUUAAAUGUUUUUAAUGAACGGCAGCCUCAGAUUGACGAAUUCAAUAAUUCCCAAAACGACUUGGAAACUGACGAUGAAAUGGCGGAGAUACGUGGCCCUUCUAGAAAUGUUAGAAGAAAAUCAGUGCUGAGCCCCAGAAUGCUGACUCCACCAGAUCCGGCGGACUUUUCCGACGGCAACUCGCCAGCCAACUCGGUCACUUCAGUCAACUCACUGGCCAGUUUACUUAAGGAAAAAAUACAGAAUUUGCCUCAAACCAUCAGAAGAAAAAAAUCCAACGACUACAAAAUAAAAGUUUUCGUAAUAUUUCUUUUUAUGACUAUCGUAGUCUUAAUAUGCACUGCUUACUUUUUGUACCAUCAAAAAAUCUUGGCCAAAGCUUACUUUGAACGAAUCAAGUUUAAUAAAAAUAAACGUAUAAUGCAAAUAUACAAUAACGAUGGCAUAGAAAUAAUUAAUGCAAAAUUGGGCACCACCUUAAACUACGACCAAGUCUUGCCUUGCUUACCGCAAGACGAACGACGAGACGGCUCUAUAUGCCUGGAAUGGAUGGACAAAGCCAGACUCUAUUUGCACGUCUACACCCUACAAGAUCGUAUUAAGUGUUACAAUUUAAAAUGGAUUUCGUUGAACGAUUAUCUGGCCCCGACUGAUUGCUUUGAAAUGUUCAACGGAGUGCAUUGGUACGGAGGUGGUCAGAACCAGGAAUCUGCUUGGCCUUUGGAAAAAGGGGGUCACGGUUUUCGACCGUUUGUUACUGGACAUGUAGAACGUCAUGAAUGGGGUAAUGUCCUCAAAAGAUACUUCAUCAACUCAAAAGGAGCUGCAAUAAUAAUAGAUGAGAAAACACCCCUUUACGUUGCAAUACAAGGUGACACACAAAAACAGUUGUGUCUCAGCGCUCGUUACGAUGAGUUUGCUUUCGUUAAUAAAUUCACUAUAACUCCUGAGCUGAAUUACAGCAUAUGCACUGGCGGAAAUAUGAGCGAGCUGCACACCCAACUCAGUGAACACACUUUAUGGGAUGGUUUGAAAAAGGAAGACGCUGAUGUUAUUGAUAGUUUACUUACUGAACCUUUGUGGGAGAUUACUUCUGAAAGUAAAGAAUUAUUAACAGAAGAAAUGGUUUUCAAUUUCACCAAUGAUAUCAUAGCUUUGGGAACCAUCAAGCAAGGCCACGUGUUGAUAAAUGAAUUUUGGCAAAAUCGAGUUGGCGAUUUUCAGCUGGAUACUGACCGAUUUCCGACUCUGGAAAAGACCAUCGAUGUUCUUCGGAGAAGGGGUUUUCGUGUAGUUUUCACUAUACAACCGUUUAUUUCUACUGAAAGUCGCAAUUUUGCUGAGGCGGUUGAGAAGCGUUUGCUCGUAUUGGAACGGUUUAGUGGUAGAAAAGUACCCGCACUAACCAGUUUCAAAACUCUUCAAAGUGCAGGCGUAUUGGACAUCACCAACAACCGUACCAUGCCUUGGCUAAUCGAAAAACUCAAAUCGGUAAUGAGCAAGUACAAAUUCAACGCCUACUAUUUGGAAUUGGGCAACGCCUACGAUAUGCCUCACUAUUACCAGUGCGAAAAACCCCUAUUAAAUCCCGACCAUUUUAAAACGCAAUUCAUCAACAGUAUCCAGAAUUCCAUUAGUUUGCUGGGGGUUAGCGAUGCGAUUGAAAGACCGAGGUCGCCUAGUUUUGUGGCUUUGCCCCGUUUCGAAUCCAGCUGGGACGGUUUGAGGCGAGUCAUACCAACAAUUUUAACUUAUGGAAUUAUCGGGUAUCCGUUUUUGAUCCCGGGUGCAGUAGGUGGUGAUUAUGACUCUGUAGAAACUGAAUUGAAUAGCAGUUUUGUCGAAUUGCCUGACCAAGAACUUUACAUAAGGUGGCUGCAAUUGGCCGCUUUUUUGCCUGUUGUUAGAUAUAAUCGUUUGCCCAAUAGUUAUGGGGAUAAGAAAGUUUUGGAUACGGCUAUUGGAUUGGCUUUACUUAGACAAAAUAAGGUCAAACCAGUAUUGAAAAAAUACGCAAGAGUUUCUUUAAAUCUUGGUCUGCCGAUAAUAAGACCCCUUUGGAUGUUGGAUCCAAACGAUCCAAAUUGUCAUACUGUUAUGGAUGAAUUUUCUAUUGGCGAAGACAUUAUUGUAGCUCCUAUUUUGUCUUCCGGAGCCAGAGAAAGGGAGAUUUAUUUGCCUGCAGGAGUGUGGAAAGAUGGAAUCGAUGGCAGUUUAAGAAAGGGUAGUAGAUGGAUCCACGAUUACAGAGUUGAAGAUCAGGUGGCCUAUUUUGAAAAAAUGCCCGAUGAUACUAGAUUUUAGUAGAAGAUUUUUUCUUUAUGUAUGUGAUAUAAAAUUCCAAUGUUAAUUGUAUGUACAAAAAACCCAUUUAGUAGUUGAUUAAAAUGUUUUAUACCUACACCUGUGGUACAAAGUGGAAGUGCGCUGUAGAAACAUUAAAAAAAACUUUUGUAAUUGCCCAUAAAUUGAUGUAGCAGGUAUAGGGGAAAAAUACCACACUUUCACCUAUACCCAACCAUACAAUAUUACGUGGUAGCAGUGUUGUCAGAUACAAU